GGAAGCCCAGAAACCUAACGUGUUGUGUGAUGAAUCAGUGAGAGUGAGAGGAGCUGCUGAAGCUUCCUCCUCUUCAGAUGCUGAAGUGCUGUUUUCCCUCUUUAAUGUUCAGAUGAGCUGAACAAACAUGGAGCUUCUUCCUCUCGUGUGUCUCUGUCUCCUGACUUGGUCUGGAACAACGUUUGCUGAUGGAAACGGUCCAGGUGUCGUGACUGUGGCCGUGGCAGAAGGGAGUGAAGCUGUUUUACCCUGUUCCCUCAGCACCAGGCAGAACAUCGAGCAGAAGGUGUUUGACUGGAAGAAAGAUGUGAAGAAGGAGGUGUUCCUGUACGCUGCUGGCCAGCAUUACAACAAGGGCCGAACAGGUCAAGACGAACAGUUCAAAGGACGAGUUUUUCAUUUUGAAGAUGAGCUGAAGAACGGCAACGCCUCCAUAAAGAUCCACAAUACAAAGAUGGCCGACAGCGGAAGUUACACCUGUACUUUCCCUAAUACAGCAGAACCAGAAUCCCACGUUAAACUUGUUGUAGAUCCUGACCCAGAGCGUUUUAUCUUAAAAGACAGAAGAGGUGAAAACAUCCCAGGUGCAGCUCCAGAACCAUCUGUUGCAACACUUAAUCAAACAAUAGACUGGGCUCUGCUGCAGUGUGUUGUUCGAGGAGCUUCUCCCAAACCUAAAGUAGAGUGGCAGGACGGUUCUGGAAACAUCCUUCCUGCUGAGGAACCACAGGUCUCUGAAAGAGGAGGACGUUACGACAUCAUCCUCCAAACUACUGUGACCAAGACUGACCGCUAUCGCUGUGUCGCCACACAGGAGGAAAUCAACCAUCAGGUUCAUUCUGAUACCUAUGUGCUUAUGAAUGACCGAAGAGAAGAAAACAACUCAGGUGAGUCCUGAUUCUCUACAUUAUGAUUAAAUGAACAUUGUGACAUUAUCAGCUUCAUAAAAGUCGACUUUACAGUGGAACAGUUGAAUUGGAUUGCAGUAGAUUGUACGUGUGUCUGUACCUAAUAAAGUGCACACUGAGUCUGUCACUGACACAGUUCAGCCCUGAUAACACAAUCUUCCUACUAAUGAAGAACACGUGUCAGAAAGAGGAGGAUGCUGCAACAUGAGCCUCCUCACUACUGUGAGCAAAACCAGAACCAAGCUCUGAGCUGAGCAGCCGAGCAGGAGG